GAGUCAAUGGGUAUUGAACAGUGGGGUGAUAGCCUCUUUUAUAUACUGGUAUAUUCCAUAUGAGCUUGUGCUGGAAAAGGAUAUAAGAACCUCUGUCAUGAACAACAAUGGUAGAACACGUUAAUUAUACUGAGGAGACUGGCCAUUUUGUUUCACAUUAUUAUCAACCACUUUUUAAGCAUCAGUACAUAAGAACUGCUGGAUAGCUCAGGGGUUUAGGAAUCUGGCUGUGGAGCCAGAGGUUCCGGGUUCGAGUCACCCCUGUGUCGGCUGGGGCUCAAUUUGAUGGUCCAUAGGGUGGGUCCCUUUUAGCUCUGCAGUCGUAAGAUUAAAAUGAUGAUGUUUAAGAUUCUAAGGAACAGACACUUAUGACAAAUAAUCUAACACUUUCCACGUAAAAUGCUACUUCAAAUCCUUAACACUUCUCCUGCACAACAGCAAUGACGUCAAAAGAGCAACUACGACGUCAUACGUCUCCCUCCUCCUUCGCCUUUUCCCUCAAUUUUAGCCCAUGCCAAAACUCCUCCGCGAUCACGUGUGCCAGUGGCCGAGAAGGCGGGAGAGGCAUUCGGACUACAACUCCCAAUAUCCUCUGGGUGGCCAAUGGCAGCACGGCCCAGGGGUGGAGAAGCUUGCCGUCGCGAGCAGUUAGUGUGAGCGAGGUAAAGGUUGGGUGUCUCGCGCCGGCGGCCGUUGGGAGGGUGGAGCGGGGGCCCCUCCCCCCCGGGCCCCACCGUACCCCUCCCAUUAACCCUUCGUUGCGGCGAAGCGCGGAGGGAGGAAAAAAAGCCGCCCAGCAGGUGAAAAUCCGAAACCAUGGUGGGAGCUCAGCAGCUAGAGAUGCAGGCAGCAGCCGUGCCAGCCGUGACCCCCUCAGGCAGUGGCCCUGGUGGCAGCGGUAGUGACCACCAGUAUGAAUGCCUGGAAUGUGGCAAAGUGUUUAAGUGGUCGUCCCGCCUCAUCCACCACCAGCGGACUCACACAGGCGAACGCCCUUACAAGUGCUCGGAGUGCCCUAAAGCAUUCAAGGGGUCAUCAGCUUUGCUGUACCACCAGCGUGGUCACACCGGUGAGCGGCCGUACAAGUGUGGUGAAUGUGGUAAGGCAUUCAAACGGUCGUCCUUGCUCCAGAUCCACCAGAGCGUGCACACAGGUCUGCGCGCUUUCAAGUGCGCUCAGUGUGGCCUGGCUUUUAAAUGGUCCUCUCAUUACCAGUAUCACCUACGGCAGCAUACUGGGGAACGGCCCUACCCCUGCCCGGCAUGUGACAAGGCCUUCAAGAACUCCUCGAGCUUGCGUCGGCACCGCCACACACAUACAGGCGAGCGCCCUUACGUCUGCCCGAUUUGUGCCAAGGCCUUCACUCAGUCUACCAACCUGCGGCAGCAUCUCAGGGUGCACACUGGCGAGAGGCCCUACCGGUGCCAGGACUGUGGGAAGGCCUUCACCCAUUCUUCUAACCUGGCGCUGCACUGCCGAUCGGCGCACGCUGCCCGCCCUGCCCACACCUGCGUGAUUUGUGGAAAGGCUUUUGCGUCUGACAGCUACCUGCAGCGCCACCUGGAGACUCAUGCCGACGUUGCACCACCAGCCCAGCUCUUCCUGGAAGAACCGACCACAACGGUCGAGAUGUUGUUUCGAUGUAGCAUCUGCCAUCUCACCUUCCCUUUGGAGGAGCAGCUGCUGAGCCACCAGGAAUCACACUUGGCCCCGGCAGAUCCUCUGCCACCCCCAGCCCCAGCCAUGGCAGUGCAGGAAGAAGCGGCAUCAGUAACAUCUCCUGCUCCCUCCCUGGCUUGCUCUGUGUGCAAUAAGACUUUCAAGAGCACGGCAGGGUUAACACGGCACCAGCAGACUCAGCAUUCCUCUGAUCGCACCUACACUUGCAUGGUGUGUGAACGCUCUUUCCCGGCACUAGCCAGCCUCUUGGGCCACCAACGUUCCCAUCCCCCAGCUGAACAACGACUAGAGGAGGCUGAGGUGACCUGUCCGGCACAAGCCGAGCCAUUGCCCGCGGCCACUGUGACACCUCCUCCGCCCCCUCCCCCACCCCCUGAACGACCUUAUGUGUGUGGAGAAUGUGGGAAAUCUUUCAAGGGCUCCUCCGGGCUGCGCUAUCACCUGCGCGACCACACAGGAGAGCGUCCUUAUGCUUGCAAUGAGUGUGGGAAAGCCUUCAAGCGCUCCUCUCUGCUGCGUAUCCACCAGCGCGUGCACACGGGGCUGCGCGCCUUCACCUGCCCCACCUGCGGGAUGGCCUUUAAAUGGGCUUCUCAUUACCAGUACCACUUGCGCCAGCACACCGGCGAGCGCCCGUACGCCUGCCAAGACUGCGGGAAAGCCUUUAAGAACACCUCGUGCCUUCGGCGGCACCAGCAGCUGCACACCGGCGAGCGCCCCUUUGCCUGCCAGACCUGCGGGAAGGCCUUCACCCAGACGUCCAACCUCCGGCAGCAUCAGCGGGUACACACUGGCGAAAGACCUUACUAUUGCCGGGAUUGUGGCAAGUCCUUCACUCACUCCUCCAACCUGGCACUGCACAGACGCACCCAUUCCCGAGAGCGCCCCUUCCAGUGCCCGGUUUGCUCCAAGGCUUUCGUCAUGGCUUCCUACCUACAGAGACACUUACGUACCCAUGGCAGUACUGAGGCAGCCCGUCGCCCAGCACCAGCCUCACCUACUGCCACCCAGGAGGUGCAAAUCAUACCCAACAUGCAGGCCACUCUGAACGUGGAGUUGAGUGGCAGCCCAGCCCCAGCGGUUCCUUCCAACACCCAGACUUUCCUGCUGGUGCAAACAGCACAGGGCUUGCAACUUAUCCCCAGUGUACAGCAGCCGCAGCCGCCACCUCCACCACCACCCCAAAAUUCACCCACCAAACUCAUUUUGCUCCCUAGUUCCCAGGUGGUAUCAGCAACGCCUACCACUUCGGCCAGCUUUACCCUUUUGCCAGGUACUCCUGCCACCCCUACCAAAGCAAUCCCACUCCGCCAAAGUAAGGGCAAGAAGCCUGUACCACCACCACCGGCGCCCAGUAGCCAGAAUAUCAUUCUCUUGCCUGUUGCUACUGGGCCUAACAUGCAGUCCCUCCCAAAUGUGCAGAUCCAAAAGACAGCAGGAUUGCAGGCUAGUGGACAGAAUGUUAUUUUCCUUCAGAGCCUGCCAGAACAGCAGACGGGCACCGUGCAGAUUCAAACCGUGCCGGCCACUCUGUCAUCAGGAGCCAUCCAGAUUCAAACUGUGCCCCAGUCCCAACCACUCCAAAGCCUUCCUGCUCCUCAGCAAGGAGGCACGCUGCAAAUUCAAGCCCUGCCGGCCCCGCCACAGACGGGCACAGUUCAGAUCCAGGCACUCCUCCAUUCUCAACAGCCUGGCGUUGUGCAGAUCCAAAGCCUGCCUCUCCCCAAGAGCACUUUCCAGAUCCAAAGUUUGCCCACCUCCCAGCCGACAGGCACAGUGCAACUCCAAAGCCUGCCCACUUCUCCCUCAACUGCUAAGGUGCAAUUUCAGACUGUUCAGACUUCUCCAAAAGCAAACACUGUGCAAUUCCAGACUGUGUCAUCUUCCCAGCAGGUAGGGACCCUCCAGCUCCAAACCUUCCAGCCUUCGCAACAGGCAGGCCCCCUUCAGAUCCAGACGUUGCCAUCUCCCCAACAGUCCAGCCCUCUACAAAUCCAGAACCUGUCCCCUUCAAAUCAGUCCAUGAGCGGUGUUGAAAUCCAGGCUCUCUCACCUUCCCAACAGCUGGAUGGCACGAUUCAGAUCCAGGGCUUGGUGUCUUCCCAGGAAAGGCAGCAGCUCCAGCCUUCAGAGGAAGUGGCCAGUGUCCAGCUUCGGACUUUGGGCCCUCCUCAGGAAAAGAGUGAAGGGACUGCUCUGGCCAGCUCCCAGGAGCUCUCCGAGGUGGACCUCCAAGAAGGACCCAACAUGGAAGAGGAAAGCCAGAAUCUAAUUGUAGUCCAGAAUUCUCCAGGGGAAGAACUUCUGGGACCAGUGAGUGAAGUGGAGAGCUUCGAGGGGGUAGAGGACAUGCACUUUGAGACUCUGCAGACUGAGGAAGGGGUUCAGAAUGUGUUGGUGCUGAGAGGGGCUGGGGGGGAGCAGACCCGAUUAUGUGUGCAGGAGGUGGAGAAUAUUCAGACAGUGCAGGAGCUGCCUAGCCUUCAGCUUCAAGCUCCUGAAGGUAGCUCAGGGGCUGGGCAGAACCUCCUGAUCAUCCGCAGUGCGCAAGGAGAACAGACCCUCCAGGUGCUGGAGAGUGUGCCCACACUGCAGGUCAGCAGCCCUGACAGCACUCAGCCUGCGGUGGAGAACAGCAGCAGCUCCCAAAUGGUGCAGCUUCUGCAAAGCCCAGUAACGUCCCAAGGCCUGCCCUCCAUUCAGAUUGUGCAGACAGUCCCCAGCAUGCAGCUUGUUCACACUUUCUGAAAGCAGUGGUGUCCCCACACAGAGAUCUAUUUUGGAACAUCUGCUGGGACCGAGUCAUUCUCUUACAAGCACUUGAGAUGGGUGAGCCCUUCCUCGUGGCUGCUGUGAUUAAUUGUCACCAGGCAGGGUGGCUCCUAUCUGGGUAACUUCAAGACUCUUGGAUGGGGUUGUCGGCUGUCCAGUUGAACUGGAUUUGGGUUGUUCAGGACAAAGUCUUUCUUGGUGCAAUAGCGGUUAAUUCAAACUCAUGGCUGCAGGUCUGAAUCACAUCCUCUGGUUGUUCCCAACCCUGCUUACGUGUAGGCUGCUGCUGCUCCUGUCCCUGCAGCCACAGUGAUACUCCACCAUGUCUCCCUGAGCACAUGUCUGUCUGUAUUGCAUGACAGGAAGGAGGAGCCAGUCCCAUCCUUCUGUCCCAGAUCCACCUCUCCUUUUCCUCUGUGCUUAAAAUAUUU